UGGUGGUGCGCCAGGCAUGGAGCCUCUGCUCGUAGCGCCACAGCCAGUCCGGCCAAUGACGUCCAGCUCAUCAUCGUGGCUCGUCUCGAAUGACCCGACUUCGGACCAGGACAAGUCGCCUAGCGCAACAGAGCCGAGACCGAAGUUGCCGGUCAGUUCGAGUACGCGCACCCUGACCGACAAGCGAGACAGCGCCCGGUCAGAGACUCGUGACGAUGACGAGCUCAUAGGCUUCCCGAGACUGUCUUCAGAGGUGCACAGAUCCCGUAUGGACGAGCCGCGACUGAGCAGGGAGUCACUUCCCCCGCCUUAUGACCUAGCACUUCAGUCAGAGAUUGCUAGCUUGGCAAGAGCGAGGCAAGAGUCGACAGACAGACUCUCUCAGCUCGGCUCCAGCUCGCGUCGCGUUCGAGACGGGCCUAGCUCUGUCCGUUCGCGCCAGACUACCGCGUCGACAAACCGUCAUAGAGUCGGCAGCGAGGCAGGCUUCGAGCUAGAUGACGGGCCUCCGCGCUCAAGCAGACAGGAGACGGAUGGCAUGCGACGUCUCUCUGUGAGCAGCGCUUAUAGAAGUACUUCGUCUCGUCAAAGACCCGAUACAUCUUUGCCACGAUCGUUGACAGCCACUCAACUUGCACGUCUACCGGACCUGUCGACACAGCAGCGCAACCAGUAUAGAGGGGAGCAUGCGCGCAAGGCCCACGUUCCUCGUUCGCCUUCCAGCGUCGUCAGCGUCUCGAGCUCGGUCUUCUCUCACCAGCCAACACCUUCAAAGGGCCGCCUGCAGUAUCAAGCCGACCAUGAUCCAAGCAGACAUACUUCGAUAGCGUCCGUUUUAGCGGGGAUCGAUGCUCAGGAUGCGACAGCAAGAGGGAUCGCGUAUGCUCACGACAGUCUCGCCAAACGCUUUGCACGGUGGAUGUCAAAAUCGGGCAAGAAGCAGCUACUCGUGCCCAGCGUACUUCUCGCUUCUUUCAUCAUCCGAGCGACCGUCAGCCUUGGCCCUUACUCAGGCUAUGUUGUCGCGCCAAUGUAUGGCGACUUGGAAGCACAGCGCCACUGGAUGGCAGUCACUUAUCACCUGCCGCCGAGCGAAUGGUACUUCCACCGGCUCGAAUACUGGGGUCUCGACUAUCCUCCCCUCACUGCCUAUCUAUCCUGGCUCUUCGGCGCCUUUGCACAUCAUCUCGGCAACCCAGCCUGGGUAGCCCUUCGCACAUUGCCCGAUGCGCAAGUAGCGAGCGAAGAUGACACGAAGCUGUUCCUACGAUUGAGCGUCAUCUUCAUGGACUUCCUCAUCUACGUCCCAGCAGUGCUGCUCUAUCUCGCAGUGACCCUUGGCGGCAAACGAGGCGGUUCCAGUCGAUCAAGACGCAGUGGAAGAACUCAGGCUGUGGCCCUCAUGACGAUUCUGUUCCAGCCUGCGCUCAUCCUGAUCGACAAUGGACAUUUCCAAUAUAAUUCGGUCAUGCUUGGCCUCGCCGUGGCAGCUUUCGCAUUGCUACAUCGCGGCAACGAUCUCUUGGCAGCCAUUCUCUUCGUCGGCGCCCUCGGUUUCAAGCAGAUGGCACUUUACUUUGCGCCCGCCAUGUUCUUUUUUUUACUGGGCAAAUGCGUCUGGCUUCAAGGCCAUCAUGGCGUCAAUCUAUUUCUGAACCUCGCCAUUGUCGGCGUAGGAUCGCUUGCGCUUGUCUUUGCGCCUUUUCUCUCAUCCACUGCACAACUUCUACAAACACUGCAUCGCAUCUUUCCGUUCCAGCGCGGCCUGUUCGAGGACAAGGUGGCCAACUUUUGGUGCGGUCUCAAUGUUGUCAUCAAGCUACGUCAGCUCGCUAGUAUACCCGUCCUCGCUCGUCUUGCGCUCGUCGCAACACUCCUGGCGCUCUUGCCGAGCGCCUUCAUCGUUCUGUAUACGAGCUACAGCCACAAGAGGCAGAUGCAAGUAGAGGCGCCCGUUACGAAGAUCCAGAAGAGUUUGCCACCUACACUCAAACUUCUGACGCACUCGCUUUUCGUCUCUUCCAUGUCAUUCUUCCUUUUCUCUUUCCAGGUGCACGAGAAGAGCAUACUACUGCCACUACUGCCGAUCACACUCCUUAUGGCGGGCAGUGAGCCAGGACAAAGCGGCAACGACUGGGACUGGGCAGCAUUGCUCAACAAUGUGGGCGUGUUCAGCAUGUGGCCCUUGUUGAAGCGUGACGGUCUCGGCGUGCAAUACGUCGCCUUGACGCUUCUCUGGAAUCGCGUGAUCGGUCACGAUCCACUGCGCAUGCCCAGCUCAUUCCUCAAAGCGCUCACGUUGGUGACAUAUUCAUGCAUUCUUGCUAUGCACGUGCUCGAGCUCAUCGCGCCUGCUCCGGCGCACUUGCCAGAUCUAUACCCAGUCCUCAAUCUCACGCUAUCGGCAGCCAUUUUCGGGUUAUCGUGGCUAUGGGGCAUCAAGCGACAGGUUGAAGAAAGCUGGGCUAUCAUCGGUAUGAGCAAUGUCUCGGCGUCUGUACCGCCUAGCAGGGUUGCUUCCCCGUCUGGCAAUCAUGUGUCCUUGCCUCGUAUUACAGGACUUCGAUCUUCAGCCUCAAUCUCUUCGCGUCUGUCAAAGUCGCAGACGUACGGUCCGCUUCGAGCGGACCACGACUAUUCACAAUCGGGCGUUUUGCCGAGAUUAAAGCAGCGAACCUCGUUUACAUCCAGUGCCGGAUUUGUGAGUGACUCGCAACAGCCGACGAAUGGAAGCAGAAGACGAAGGAAAGACAGCAAUAUGAGCGCAGUGACGAGUGUCUCGCAAGUCCUUCGGCCAUCCAGACGCGCGAGGGACUCAAACGGCGGCGCGCAGACCGACUGGGAAGGUGCGCAUCGUGCGCACAGGAGACAAACAGCGCCUGUACUGCAGACCGAUGACGAGGCGCGCCAUCGCUCCGCGCGUCAUGAUCUGUUGGGGUAGCUGAAUGCAAUCCUUGCCCGUCGGCGUCAACAGUGCCUGAGAAGUGGCUUCAGUACGAU